GUCGCUUUGCCUCGAGCGCAUGCUCCCAACCGGCUCCGCCCCCUUCCCCCCCGCGGCUCGUCGGACGCAUGCGCGUCCCCGCCUACCGCGCGUCCGCCCGCCCCACUGGCCCCGCCUCGCGCGGCCGGAAGUUCCGGUGGCGGAUUGCUGGACCGGGCCCGAGCGGAUCGGGGGCUCGGGCUGCGGGCUCGGGCUGCGGGCGCAGGGCGGGCCAGACGCGGAGCCUGGGAGCAAAGCCCAGGCUGUGCCGCGCGGCGCCAUGAAGGGCAAGGAGGAGAAGGAAGGCGGCGCGCGGCUGGGCGCCGGCGGCGGAAGCCCCGAAAAGAGCCCAAGCGCGCAGGAGCUCAAGGAGCAGGGCAACCGGCUCUUCGUGGGCCGCAAGUACCCGGAGGCGGCGGCCUGCUACGGCCGCGCCAUCACCCGGAAUCCCCUGGUGGCAGUGUACUACACCAACCGGGCAUUGUGCUACCUGAAGAUGCAGCAGCAUGAGCAGGCUCUGGCAGACUGCCGGCGGGCUUUGGAACUGGACGGGCAGUCUGUGAAGGCACACUUCUUCCUGGGGCAGUGCCAGCUAGAGAUGGAGAGCUAUGAUGAGGCCAUUGCUAAUCUGCAGCGAGCCUACAACCUGGCCAAGGAGCAACGGCUCAACUUUGGGGAUGACAUCCCUAGUGCUCUGCGCAUCGCUAAGAAGAAGCGCUGGAACAGCAUCGAGGAGCGGCGCAUCCACCAGGAGAACGAGCUGCACUCCUACCUCACUCGGCUUAUUGUGGCCGAGCGGGAGAGGGAACUAGAAGAAUGUCAGCGGAACCACGACGGUGAUGAGGACGAUGGCCACAUCCGGGCCCAGCAGGCCUGCAUCGAGGCCAAGCACGACAAGUAUUUAGCAGACAUGGAUGAGCUUUUCUCCCAGGUGGAUGAGAAGAGAAAGAAGCGAGAUAUCCCGGACUAUCUAUGUGGCAAGAUCAGCUUUGAGCUCAUGCGGGAACCAUGCAUCACGCCCAGCGGCAUCACCUAUGACCGAAAGGACAUUGAGGAGCAUCUGCAGGUGAGGGCCCACAAAGUGUUGGGAGUAGGACCCAUAACUACUGAGCACUUUCUGAUCCUGUUGUCACUGCACACUGCAGCGCGUGGGCCACUUUGACCCUGUCACCCGGAGCCCCCUGACCCAGGAACAGCUCAUCCCCAACCUGGCCAUGAAAGAGGUCAUUGAUGCUUUCAUCUCCGAGAACGGCUGGGUGGAGGACUACUGAGGCUGGGCAAGGGCCAGGGCUGCCCGCCUUGCCUAGUGCCCUGGCCCAGGACGGCCUUGGGGCAGUAGCUCCAGUUCCUGUACAUAGUUGGUGUCCCUAGAUCCCUGCCCUGGUGUCCCCAACCCCUCCCCUCAUCAGUUUUGCUGCUGGACCGUGAGCCCCACCUCCACCCCCAUCUGGGCCAGAAACAGCAGGUGAGGGUGGGCUGCUGCCACCACUGUCCUGUAAUAAAAUCUGUGAGCACUCUA